AUGUCUGAGGUCGAAACUACAAAUGCUGCCGCCGGGGCAUCGAAACCGAAGCCCGAGAGACUCCCCAUCACUGUCUCCAAGCCCACCCCAUACACCUUUGACCUCGGCCACCUCCUCGCCAACGACCCGAACCCUCUCGAAAUCUCCCGUUCCGAACCCGUGAAUGCCUCGUUACGAUCCACCGCCCGCGACGGCGCCCAAGCCCUCCUCAACCAGCUUCUGACCACAUGCCCCAUCACGACGUCGCAACAAGGCGUGCUUCUGACGCUUCCGACGCCGACCACUGCGCUCCCCCGCCACAAGCCGCUGCCAACCCCCAAGCCGCCCACCAAGUGGGAGCUGUUCGCGCGCAAGAAGGGCAUUGGCAAGUACAACACUCGGCCCGGUGCUGCGCUGGCGGAUAAGGAGCGCCGCAAGAAGCUGGUGUACGAUGAGGAGAAGGGCGAGUGGGUGCCUCGCUGGGGCUACAAGGGCAAGAACAAGUCCGACGAUGACUGGUUGGUGGAGGUGAACGAGAAGGACUGGAAGAAGGAGGAGGAGGCCGCGGCCAAGGGAAGCUCCAUCCGUGGCAUGUCGCGCGCCGAGCGCAAGGAGCGGAUCAAGCGGAAUGAGCGGAAAAUGCGGGCGAACGAACGCAAGGCGAGGAAGCCAUGA